AGGUUCCGGGUCCGCCAAGCUCCCGGCGUGCACCGCGGCGAUCCCGGCGUGCACCGCGGCGCGCGGAGCUGGCUGGCUGGCGCGGUCGGCGGCGGCGGCGGAGGGGCAGCUGUGGGGUGUGCGGUUCCUUGUCCGCUGGCAGCCGGGGGGCGACGAGGCGGGACGUCAUGGAAGUGAAGGAUGCCAAUUCUGCGCUUCUCAGUAACUAUGAGGUGUUUCAGUUACUAACUGAUCUGAAAGAGCAGCGUAAAGAAAGUGGAAAGAAUAAACACAGCUCUGGGCAACAGAACUUGAACACUAUCACCUAUGAAACGUUAAAAUACAUAUCAAAAACACCGUGCAGGCACCAGAGUCCUGAGAUUGUCAGAGAAUUUCUCACAGCAAUGAAAAGCCACAAGUUGACCAAAGCUGAGAAGCUCCAGCUGCUGAACCACAGGCCUGUGACUGCCGUAGAGAUCCAGCUGAUGGUGGAAGAGAGUGAAGAGCGGCUCACGGAGGAGCAGAUUGAAGCUCUUCUCCACACUGUCACCAGCAUUCUGCCUGCGGGGCCAGAGGCUGAGCAGAAGAAGAAUACUAACAGCGACGGGGCAAUGGAUGAAGAGGACCCAGCAUAGAGGAGCACAGCUGGCCUCAGCGUUUCAUGAAGUUAAAAGGCCCGGCAGCUGUUUCCUGGACGUUCAGAGCAUUGUUUAUUUGAUUUUACCCUCUAUCCCAGCAGGCCUGGCUUUCAUGAUUAAUUGGAUACAUCACAAAAAUAAGCUGAAAAGAAAUAUUUGUGCCUUGGGGAUAAGAAACCUGGUGAAGACAGGCUGAGGCUGUCAAGGCAGAGAGCUGAAGGUGGGGACAGUGACCGCGUACUCCUCUAUGCUAGAAAGAUUUCCUCCAAGGCCUUUGACCUGAUUAUGGGGAGGUCUCUGCACACAGCGGGGGAAAUGCUUGUGUCGUCUUUGAUGGGCCAUGUCCUAAUUAGUUUCAUCUGCUUUCCUGGGAACUUACUAAGCAGGGGCUCAGAGUGAUGUUGGGAAUCUGGUUAGAGCCCCAGAGAGUUGCUCUAAGUGAAGAAUGAGCCACUGACCUUGGCUCACUUUAGAGGAAUUUCCUCGAGAACAACAGAGAUAAGGAGAGAAACAGCCUGGCCAGUCAUUCAACAGCUCUAGAGGCCCUUUUCUCUGCUGACGGGGCUUUCUUUACUGGCUCUCUAUUUAGGCUAAAUUUUAGGAACCAGAUCACUACAGUUGAAAACAGGUGCCCCCGGCUUAGUGACAGUGGCAGCAGAAACAGUGUUGGCCACCUUUCCGGCCACCUCGCUUUCCUGCCCUGAGACAGCAGCCCAGGGCAGGUGCUUUAUGUUGAGACCAGGUGAUUCUCAUUUGGACAACAGGCAAAUUGUUUACUCCUUUAAAAAGGACACAACCAUGUAGCUCUUUUCACAGACAGAAUACGUAAGAACUGGAGGUUGAUUAAUUAUUAACAUUUACUGGCUGUUGUAAGGUUGCGUCUGUUUUUGAAUUUAAAAUAUUAAGAUG